AUGUCCAAGACAUUCUCGAAAGACGACGUCGCAUCGCAUAGCAAACCAGACAACCUCUGGGUUGUUAUUGACGAGGAUGUUUAUGACUUGACGAAAUUCCAGGAUGAACAUCCAGGUGGAAAGAAGAUUCUCCAGCGAGUUGCCGGGAAAGAUGCAUCGAAACAGUUUUGGAAAUACCACAAUGAGGGGAUUUUGAAGAAGUACAAGAGCAACCUGCAGAUUGGAUCUUUGGACAGCAAGAAGGCCGCAGCUGCUCCUGCUCCGGCAAAGCAAGAGCCUCCUAAAGCCCAGGCGGCCCCAGUCGAUGUUUCUUCAGCCAAGUCAUCGGAUCCCCUCGACCCUUAUGGCGAGCUGAUUCCAUUCGCCGAUCCUUCCUGGUACCACGGUUAUCAUUCUCCCUACUUCAACCAGACUCAUGCCGCCCUUCGCGCGGAGGUACGGCAAUGGGUUGAGUCGGAAAUUGAGCCAUACGUGACUGAAUGGGAUGAGGCCAAAAAAGUGCCCGAUGAAAUCUACAAGAAGAUGGGAGAGCGUGGAUAUCUUGCGGGUCUGUUGGGAGUCAAGUAUCCUGUCAACCAUACGCCGCACCGCGUCCAAUCCGUCGCUCCCGAAAACUGGGACCUUUUCCACGAAAUGCUUCUCACCGACGAAUUAUCUCGCGCUGGCAGCGGCGGUUUGGUCUGGAACUUGAUCGGUGGCUACGGCAUUGGAUGCCCUCCGCUGGUCAAGUUCGGUAAGAAGCCUCUCGUGGAUCGCAUCCUCCCCGGCAUCCUGGCUGGCGACAAGCGCAUCUGCUUGGCCAUUACCGAACCGGAUGCUGGAAGUGACGUUGCCAACCUUACCUGCGAGGCUAAGCUGACCCCCGAUGGCAAGCAUUACAUUGUCAACGGCGAGAAGAAGUGGAUCACCAACGGUAUUUGGUCCGACUACUUCACCACCGCUGUUCGCACGGGCGGGCCCGGCAUGAAUGGUGUAAGUGUGCUCCUCAUUGAGAGGGAGGCGGGUGGUGUGAGCACACGGCGCAUGGACUGCCAAGGUGUUUGGAGUAGCGGAACCACGUACAUUACAUUCGAGGACGUCAAGGUGCCGGUAGAGAAUCUCAUCGGGAAGGAAAACCAGGGAUUCAAGGUUAUCAUGACCAAUUUCAACCACGAGCGAAUUGGAAUCGUCAUCCAGUGUGUCCGGUUCUCUCGAGUGUGUUAUGAGGAGUCCGUGAAAUAUGCGCACAAGCGAAAGACAUUCGGCAAGAGACUUAUCGACCAUCCCGUCAUCCGUAUGAAGCUUGCCCACAUGGCCCGUCAGAUCGAAGCCACGUACAAUUGGCUGGAGAACAUCAUAUACCAGUGCCAGUCCAUGGAAGAGACCGAGGCAAUGCUCAAGCUCGGGGGUGCUAUCGCUAGUCUCAAGGCUCAGUCCACUGCCACCUUCGAGUUCUGUGCCCGAGAGGCCAGUCAGAUCUUCGGUGGCCUAAGUUACAGCCGUGGUGGCCAGGGUGGCAAGGUGGAACGUUUGUAUCGCGAUGUUCGUGCCUAUGCGAUCCCUGGUGGAAGCGAGGAAAUUAUGCUGGACUUGAGUAUGCGCCAGAGCUUGCGCGUGCACCAGAUGUUUGGUAUGAAGCUGUAA